UUAGUAGGCACCCCCUGGAUAUCCACAGUUCGCAUAUGCGUAUCGUGCUUCUGCUACAUACCAGUUGGUUCCGGCCGUCACUUGGUUGGAAUGGUGGUACUAGUUCUCGAACACUCUAGCAGUGUGGGACUUUCUUCGAUACAAGCUAACAUACGUCAUAAAUCAUCUAAAUAAAAAGUUGCGCGUCUUCAGUCUGGAAGGCUUUCCGCAGUUGCCUCUUGGCGCUGGGCCGCACCGACACCCAAAUCUUUGAACUGCCCCCCCCCCGUGUGCCCUCAAGUCUGUCUGGAAGAUAUUGGCAUUCCUCCCGUAGGAAGUCGAGGAUACCCGUUGUUAUCAUAGCUCUGUCCGUAUCGCAACGCCACCCAUGGAUGAAGUAGUGCCAGGAUUAUGGAUAGGCAACCUCCCAAGUGCACUAGAUGUCCAAGGCCUGAAGGAGAAAAAUAUAUUCAGUGUCGUCACGGCUAUGCGAGGCAAGGUCACCAUCCACGCCACAUUCAAUAAGUACCAGAUCAACAUCGACGACAGUUCAGACGAGGACGUCCUCGUGCAUUUCCUGCCAUCAAUAUCGUUCAUUCAAAAAGAGCUCGACAAGGGUCAUGGUGUCCUCGUUCACUGCCAGGCUGGCAUCAGUCGGAGUGCCACGAUCGUCACUGCCUUCCUCAUGUAUUCUCGCAAAUUGGAUGCGGCGACAGCACUGGAAAUGAUCAGAAAGGUCAGACCGAACGUGGAGCCAAACGAAGGGUUCUUGCAUCAGCUGGAGAUCUUCCACCAGGCGUCCUACAAAUUUACUAGUAAAGACAAGUCGAUUAGAAUGUUCUACAUGGAAAGAACACUGGAAGAGAUCAUGAAUGGUGAUGGUACUCUUCCAUCGGACAAUAUGUUCGCAAGGCGCCCGUGUUCGCCGACUGAUUCAUCUCCAAAUACACCGGUGAUUGCCCCUCAUCGACGCAUACGAUGCAAAAUGUGCAGGCAAGAACUUGCGACUCGCGAGCAUAUGCUCGAUCAUGGCCAGCUUGGCCCUCCGACACCGGCGCUCCCGUCUCUCACUCCUGCCAGCUCGCGAAGAGCUUCGAACGCCAAUGACCAGCUCGCUCAGCGUGGAUCUGUCUCUCGCAGACCUUCGAAUGCCAAUGACCAACUCGUCCCACGUGGAUCUAUCUCCCGCCAACCCUCCGGAAGUCUCAACGUCUCUAUAUCUCGUCCGCAAGCUCGAAUGAGCUCAUUCUCGCACGAUGGUCGCCCAGCCCUUCUCUCAUCACUUGGUAGUCGCUCUCUUCUCGAGUCACUCUCCAUGUCCGCACUCGAGACAGAAGACGACGCUGACUCUGGGAGUGAAAGGCCAGACGCUAACAACCGGGUCUCACGUCCACCGUCUCGUCGCCCGUCAGGCGGUGACGGGAGGGCUAGUGCCACGCCAUUAUCUAUGGAUAAUAUUGGUCGUGACUUGUCGGAUGCACUAAACGCAGCUUCUGCUCCUACCGAUGCUGUAGAACAAGAAUUAGGGGAAGUACCACGGACGUUAUCCCCUGUUUCUGAAGUGCGACGUGGUGAAGGAGAUUCGGAAUCUGAUAAGCCGAGGUGCGAAAGCCAGGUACCAGGCUCCGACAUCCAAUAUGCGAGCCCGGCAGAUCUUGCCGCUCAUCUAUACGCCAAUCCCAAGCUCGCUGCCUUGAGAGCGCCACCUUCGCUCGCGAUGACAACUAUCACGGGGUGCGCAACCAAGCAAAAUCCUAGCCCUCCGAUUCUCAUGAAUCCCAAAUGUUCGGGGUACUUUGUCGAACCGAUGAAGUGGAUGGAACCGUUACUCGAAAAUGGAGAUUUGGCUGGUAAAAUCAUAUGUCCUAACCCACGUUGUGGUGCCAAACUAGGAAAUUACGACUGGGCAGGGGUACAUUGUGGUUGCAACCAGUGGGUGACGCCGGGCUUCUGCAUACAUAGAUCCAAGGUCGAUGAGUUUGUUGUUUGAUGUCAAUAUUGCAACUGCAUUGUGUGGAGUUAUGAUUUGGUAAUACUUGAACCUGACAUCCAGCUCAUUACGUUUGUUUAGAGUUAUGUAAUACCAAUUUAUUCGCUUGUUUCUUGGAGAUUUCUGAUUUGGAACUGAGA